UCGGGUCAAGAUCACGAGCUCGGGAAUUACACGUUGCUGUAAACGCGCAUACACGACUGCAGCGUGCAGCCACGCCGAGGGGAACCCCCAAAGCCUUGACCAUUGCGUAACCGGAUCUUGGUCGGCACAUUAUGACGGUAACGACGCUCGGCGGCGAUGACGCUCAUACAUAACUCGGUACGCAACAGCGCGUUUGACAUAAUAUACUGUGAAACGACCACGCGGACGACGCUCUGCGCUUACCGCCCAUUAUUAUUGCUGCUGCUGUUUGGCCAGCGAUACAUUACUCUCGCGUAUUCUAUUAUCUUCAUUAUUAUUAUUUUUGUUUUCAUCCGCAGCAGCUGUGUGCUUGCGUUUAUCCAUGGCCCGCGUUCGGCACACCGUCCGCGGAUAACUUGUACUGCACCACGACGACGACUAUAAUAUACGUGAUGCUAUUACUACACUGCUUGGCAUGCUUAGCCGCCGCCACUACGGGCGCAGUGCUACCGCCCCCCUGGGCAGACCCAUCUCAGAAUCCAUGUGCCGCAGAACCAUCGGGUGGAUGGCAGCUGCUCUACUGGCCAGACGAUAAGAAGUGCUACCGGAUAUUUCAACGCGGGUACCCGUGCCCAGAAACGAUGGAAUUGGUACCGCGGCCAGACCGUAAGGGGUCCGCGGAGUGCGCGUGUCCUCCCGGAAGCGUUCGAAGCCCUCGUGACUCCCGUUGCCAUCAGCUGUUCCGGCUUGGCGGUCCUUGCGACGACGGCCAAUAUUUCGCCCCCGACCUAGACAGGGAUGACCGGGAGAGGUGGGGAACAUGCGAGGAUCCGUCACCGUGCGCGGAAAAAGACGAACUAUUUUGGCCCAAAGACAAGCGCUGCUAUCGCAAGCACACUAGGGGACCAUGCACUGAAGGGCAGCUAUUGGUGCCUAGCACCAUGAAUGAUUUAAUCGGUGACUGUAGAUGUGAAAACGUUCCAGAGCUCGUGACUUACUUUUGGGCACCUACAGGCACGUGUCACGAACAUUACACGAUGGGACCGUGUCAGGAACGCGGAGGAAUAUUUCUGCCUGGAGGCCAGUGCGGAUGCGACCCGUCGCUACCGCACUUCCACAACGGCACUGGCAAGUGCUACCAACUUGGUGGCAUCGGGCCUUGUUCCCCCGGACAUCAGUUCCUAGUGCCGGCUGGUGGUUCCAAGGCCGAGUGCACAUGCAAGGAGGGCCACAUCAAAUGGUUCGGUGACGGCGCGUGCUACAGGCCAUACACGCGCGGGCCAUGCGCCGCAGGCAACAUGUACAGCGUGAACACGACGGCCACCGGCAUGGCGGUCGGAUGCGUGGACGUGCCGUGCACCGCAGGAAAGCUGUACUUCCCGGGUGGUAAGGGCUGUCACCGAGUGGGCACGCAGGGCCCGUGCCCGGCCGGCCAGAUCGUCCUGUUCCAGGACACAGUCAAGACGUCCAUCGAGGGCGUGUCAUACCUGGGCAUGUGUGGUUGCGCCAAUGUGGACGCGGCCGCCGGAACAUUUUACUCGUCUUCGCAGACGCUCACGUGCAAGCCACCGGCCGCGGCCAGAAAACUACAACAACAGCAACAAGACGUUCGUGGCGCCGGUGCAAGCCCGCGGCGGGCAGACCCGUUGAUGCAGCCACAGGAUCCGUGUGGUCACCGACGCGGCACUGUCGCCUGGACUGAUCUGUCAUGCAAACAGCUGUACCUGCAGGGGCCAUGCGAACCCGGUGAGUGGGUGGUGCCUGACCGGGGUAAGGGCACCAGGAAGGGCAGGGGCUGGAAAAUGGGCAAGUGUGAGUGUCGGCCCGGGUUUACGGCCGUGCCAGUGCCUGGUGACACCAACAAUGCCACAACGUGCCAGCCACCGACGGUCAUGCUGGCCAAGUUCCUAAACAUGAGCGAAGAGUUCAACCACAACCACAACAAUAACAGCGCCACAGCCGACGAACGCGGUGACGACAACGACGACGGCGACGAUAACAACGGUAACAACAACGGCGUCCGAACGCGAUGAUUAUAUUAUUAUAUUAUACGUUUAAAACGACGCAUAUUAUAAUAUCACGUAAUUUAGAAUAUCGCUCUGGACGCUCUGGAACGAAGUGUGAACUAAAUUAAUUAUUAAAUAUCAUAAUUAUGUCAAGACUGCUAAGUAUAUUAUUAUUAUAUCGUCCUAUAUAUGUAAUAUAUUUAUAAAAAUGAAACAUAAGUAUUAUGAUGAAUGUUCUUUAUAGUGUUAGAUCGGAAGACCAAUGACACUUUUAAGCUGGAUUAUUAGAAAAUCACUAACUAGGUACUUUAAGUUUUGACAAACUAUACAAUACGUAUGUGUGUCGUUUGUGGUCUAAGUCCGUCAUUAUUAUUUGUAUUAUACUAGGUAUAAUUAUUUUUUUUUAAUUUAUAAACUUAAUUUCUAUAAAUAUAAUCUAUAUGGAUAACCAUAUAAUCAAUGAAUUGACAUUGACCUUCAUAUCAUGCAUAACUACGCAUGCAUAACUACAGUGGUUCUUUGACGAUUUUAAAAAUAUUUUUAUUUAGAAUUAGUAUUUGUUAAGAAAUAAAAUUUUUGAGAAAAAUUGKACUAAA